UUGACGUUGUGGAUCGGAAGUCAGCUGUGAUGAGCCUGUCAGUCAUGAUGAAGGUGGUCCUGCUCCUCGCUCUCCUCACAGUCAGUGAAGGUAGCACGGUGGUCGGUCAAGCAGGCGGAGACGUCACUCUGUCCUGUAAAUACGACAUCCACCUCUACGGGGUGCUGUCCGUCUGUUGGGGUCGAGGAAGCUUACCGACCUCGGGAUGCAGCGGCCGGCUGGUCACCACCGACGGACCCCGUGUGACGGAAGAAACCAGAGCCUCCAGCAGGUACCAGCUACUGGGAGCACUGGAGGCCGGAGACGUGUCCCUGACCAUCCGGAACGUCUCGGCGGCGGACGGCGGGCGGUACGGCUGCAGGGUGGACGUACCGGGAUGGUUCAACGACGACAAGCAUCACUUUGAUCUGCUGGUGGAGGACGCUCCACAGACGACGACGACAUCGACAUCAACGUCGACAUCGACGGCGUUGCCCAGAGAGACCGUCUCUAAUGCGACAGGUCAGGUGACCGAGCGCCUCACGACUUCCUCCUCCAUCACGGCCGAGGGCAGCAGCAGUGGGAGCUGGGUUCUGGUCUGGGUUCUGGUCGGGUCGGGGUCUCUGGUCUCAUUGCUGGUCCUGGUCAUCGCGCUCAGCUGGAGGCGACUCGGCAGAAGGCAGCCGGUCCCCCGCUCGGUCCAGUUCAGGUCCUCCUCCUCCUCCGGCCUCCAGCUCCACAGUCGAGAGUCGGCGGUGGAGAACAUCUACCAGACGGACGACGGCGCCGAUGGAGGCGAGUACGAGUACCUGCCCUGAGUCCCUGAAGCUCCGCCCCCAUGACCUGCUGCCCCCGGGACAGAAAAAGGAGAACUUCAGUCCUUCAGAACCAAUGAGACACGAAGACGUUCAGCGACACGAUGGACUACGACUCCCAGAGAGCAUUGCUGUGUUGUAGUCCCAGAUGAUUCUGGGUGAUGACAUCAUCUGAGUGGAGGCCCGUUUGAUGCAUGCUAAGCUACGCUAACGUUGUAGCGGCUCCUUUAACACGUCACGAAGAUGUAAAAACUGUGGUUAUAAUUCUACUCGAUCCUCAUUCGUCUUUUUAUUAAACUUCACGUCAUCGAUCACAGAGUAUUGAUCUGAUGACAUCAUCACGUUGAGUUUGUAUGUUUAGUUCUAACUCAUUGAUCUUCAUUCCUCAGAUUAUUAGGAAUAUUGUGUUUGUUCAGAUUAAACUUGAAUA